UCCACUCCUCCACCGGUCCAACCGUCCAACCGAGAAGCCGCCCUCCGUCCCCCGAACCGCGAGUCCGCGACGCCGCCCGGACGCCCGAAGCAUCGACGCCGAACGGCCGAAGCGCCGACCCCUCGACACGCUGUCCCCGGUCGCGCCUCGCGGGCUCGCGGCGGAAGGGUGGGAGGCGGAGGCUGGAGCCCCGAGCACCGAGCUCCGGGUGGUCAGCCCUUGAAACCCAUCCCCUCCACGGACCACGCCGCCAGCCGCAAAAUAUUUUGUCCAUCACAAUUGCCCAUGGACUCUGCCGUUGAUGGCCCGAGACAACCUCCGGCUAGGGCGGGGAGCCGCCUCUGCACACGCUGCGGCGAGCGGAAGGCCGCCCUCAAGCGUCCCAAAACCUUAGAGCAGAUAUGUAGGGAAUGCUUCUAUGUUGUCUUUGAGGAUGAGAUCCAUCAGACUAUUGUUGACAAUAAUUUGUUUAAACCUGGUGAUCGUGUGGCCAUUGGAGCUUCUGGUGGAAAAGAUUCAACCGUGCUCGCAUAUGUGCUAUCAGAGUUAAAUCGUCGUCACAAAUAUUGCCUUGAUUUGUUUCUCUUAUCUGUGGAUGAAGGAAUUACUGGUUAUAGAGACGACUCACUAGAAACUGUUAAAAGGAAUGAAAUACAGUAUGGCCUGCCAUUGAAAAUAGUUUCCUAUAAGGACCUCUAUGGCUGGACAAUGGAUGAUAUUGUGAAAGCAAUUGGCCUAAAAAAUAACUGUACCUUUUGUGGUGUUUUUCGACGUCAGGCACUGGACCGAGGUGCUGCUCUCUUAAAAGUUGACAAGAUUGUGACUGGACAUAAUGCUGAUGACAUUGCAGAAACUGUGUUAUUGAAUAUAUUACGUGGUGAUAUUGCACGGUUAAGUAGAUGUACCUUUAUAACUACUGGUGAAGAUGGGCCAAUCCCAAGAUGCAAGCCUUUCAAAUACACCUACGAGAAGGAGAUUGUUAUGUAUGCAUAUUUCAAAAAGCUGGACUACUUCUCCACAGAAUGCAUAUAUUCACCAAAUGCAUACCGUGGAUUUGCUCGCGAAUUUAUUAAAGAUCUGGAAAGGAUGAGACCUAGAGCUAUACUGGACAUCAUAAAAUCAGGUGAGAAUUUUAGGAUCUCCACAACAACAAGGAUGCCAGAGCAAGGAACAUGUGAACGUUGCGGCUACAUUUCUAGUCAGAAAUUAUGCAAAGCAUGUGUCUUGCUGGACGGAUUGAAUCGAGGCUUACCAAAACUAGGCAUAGGCAGGACCAAAGGCAUUGCUGGAGGUGAUGGUGACUGUGAGCAGCAAGCCACACGUUCGGAGAGGAACAGAUCGAGUCUGCAAGGAAAACACGGGAACUUCGACUUCUAGAUAUUUCAACUGUAAUUUUGUUACCAUGUCAUUGUUGGUUUACGACACCUGGAUCAUUUGGCAUGAUUCAGUUGUACAAGCUAACUAUUUAUGAUUGUGAGAUGGGUUGCUAAACUAUCAGCAAGCUGAUUUUACAGCAUCUGUAGUUCUGUACAUGAUGCGCGAAGGCCAGAAGCACCGCUCGACACAAUGGUCGGCGGCGUGUUGUUACAUUAUCCGUUUAUAAGUACUGUUUGAAACCAAAUGGUGCGAAUCGUUAUGCCUUUUGGUUUGGUUUA